AUGUCAAAGCAACGACCACCUUUUAUUCAGUUCGCGGUAGGUAACGUCGACCUUUCUGCUUCCCAUCCAACCCAGGUGCAGAUCUUCAGGCUCUGGCAGAUCUACUUGGACAAUGUCAACCCUCUUCUCAGAGUCACGCAUACACCCACCCUUCAAACACGUAUCAUCGACGCUGCUAGCGAUAUCGCCAACAUCAAUCCCACAAUGGAAGCAUUGAUGUUUGGCAUGUCUCCAUUUCAAGUAUCACGGAGGAUCAUUGCAGUGACUGGUUUGGAUCUCCCAAAAAGGAUCUCUUGGCAAGCUAUCAGUUUGCAUUCCAGCAAGCGUUACGAGAUUGUUUCUUUCUACGUUCCAGUGACCGGGAGUCCCUGA